AUGAACAGCAUUAAAAGCACAAGUGUUUUGAACUCCAGUUUAUUACAAAAUGCAUCAUUUGUGCGUCCUGAGUACUUUUUCAUCAGUGGAUUUUCUGGGCUACCAUUCAGCCAAUACUAUUUUGUUUUUUUAAUUUUUGUCUAUAUUAUCUCUCUGUGUGGAAACUCAAUUGUCCUUUUCAUGAUAUUAGUUGACAAAAAUCUGCACAUUCCUAAAUACAUGGGAAUCUUUAAUUUAGCUCUGUCAGACUUUGGUGAAACAAAUACACUGAUUCCUAACCUUGUGAAGACAUUUCUUUCUGAUUCACGGUACAUAUCCUAUGAAGCAUGUUUGGCUAAUAUGUUUUUUUCUUUUUUCUUUGCUGGUGGACAGUCUUUAACUCUUGCUGCCAUGGCCUAUGAUCGAUUUAUUGCUAUUUGUUUACCUCUGAGGUACCAUGUAAUUGUAAAUAAUUCCUUCAUGUUUGCAACCAUAACGUCAAUAUGGUUAAUUAAUUUUGUAAUAAUUGGCACAAUGGUAAUUUUGAUUACACAACUUUCAUUCUGUAAAACCAAUGAAGUAAAAAGCUUUUUUUGUGAUCAUGGACCAAUUUAUAGACUUGCUUGUAAUGACAACAGCAUAAAUGCCUUCAUGGCAAACUUUUGUAUUGCAGUUUACCUCUAUGUACCUUUGACUGCCAUAAUCUUGUCAUAUAUAGGAAUUCUGCUGGCUUUAACUAAGAUUACAACAUGGGAAGGUCGUCUUAAAGCACUCAAAACUUGUAUCUCUCAUUUGCUGGUAGUAGGAAUAUUUUUCCUUCCUGUAUCGAGUACUUAUAUUGCUGCAUUAACAUUGCCCCUCCAUCCUAAUGCUAGGAUAAUUAAUACUUCACUUUCAGCAACAAUUCCAUCUAUGGUAAAUCCCAUAAUUUAUGUCUUGAACACAAAGGAAUUCAGAGGCUUUAUACUGAAGAUGCUUAAAAGGAGAAAUACCACAAAUCCCCAGGUGCAUGCUUCAGAAAUGUAA